UUGCUCCACACCAUCUGUGUCCUCCUGCAGUCAUGUUUCUCUACAUCCUGGGCCUUCUGUUCCUCUUCUACUUGUACCGUUGGAUCAGGGAGCUUCCCCACAUUUCCAACAAAGGAGAUAAAUAUGUGUACAUCACGGGCUGCGACACAGGCUUUGGCAACCUCUUGGCUCGACACCUGGACAAGAAGGGCUUCAGGGUGAUCGCUGGGUGCUUCACAGAGAAAGGAGAGGAGGACCUGAAGAAGUCGUGCUCCAGUAACCUGACCACGACUCACCUAGACGUUCGCUCUACGGAGAGCGUCAACAAAGUGGCAGGAAUGAUCAAGGACAAAGUGGGGACUUGUGGUCUGUGGGCAGUGGUGAACAACGCAGGAGUGUCCGUCCCUAGCGGUCCUAGUGAUUGGCUGACCAUUGACGACUACAAGUUAAUGCUGGAUGUGAACCUGACCGGCGUGAUCGCUGUUACCCUUAGCGUCCUCCCGCUCAUCAAGAAGGCCAAAGGAAGAGUGGUAAAUGUAGCCAGUGUUUUCGGGCGCAUCACAGGCACAGGGGGACCCUACUGUGUCUCCAAGUAUGGUGUGGAGUCAUUCACCGACGGCCUCAGGCUGUGUUUGGUGCCGUUUGACGUGAAAGUCCUUUGCAUAGAGCCGGGCUUUUUUAAAACCAACGUGACAGACUCUGGAAUCCUGAGGAGGAAUGUAAUGAUGCUGUGGAACAAACUGCCACAGGAUAUCAAGCAGGACUAUGGAGAGGCUUAUCUGAACCAGGCCUUGGCUACGAUAGACGACACUGUCUCAAAGAUCAGUGAUGGGGAUCUCAUGAAGGUGGUGAAGUGUAUGGAGCACGCCGUGUCCGCCGUCAGACCCCGUGUCCGCUAUUCUGCUGGGUGGGACGCCAAGAUCUUCUGGCUUCCACUGUCUUACAUGCCCUCCUGUGUUUCUGACUUCGUCCUCCGGAGCAAAAUGCCUUCUCUGGCCAUAGAGACAUAAUAAGUUCUUUGUGUCUAGGCUACCAUGAGCUGUAAAAAAUCAGAGCACAAAAUAAUGGGACAUCCAUAAAAAAGAAAAAUUCUAGAACCAAACUUGGACCAAACCAGGGACAGCAAGGACCAACAGCUAAACAAUAGUACUCAGACCACGUUAUGACUUUGACUAGUCUUUGUUUGAGAGUUAGGACAGGUUUAAGAGAGAGAGAUCUGAAGAUGGCACUAUUUCCACACCAGAGACAGGAGAAUUUUAGUUCUUCACAAUAGAAACAGAAAAUGAGACAGAUGGAACACUCUACCUUUUUUAGAUUGUUAGAUUUCAGUAGUUUUCACAUUUAGUUUGGGUCUGAAAGCAGGAAGCUGCCAAGUCACCAAAUGCCUUCCCAAGCACAUACACUUAUAGCCCCACACAUUCAAAGAGAAUUUCUCCCAAACUCUCUUCACACCAAUUCUCCAGUUGACUUCAAAACACCUCUACUCCCUGGGAACUAUGGGAAGGCUCCCAAUCCACAUUCUCAUGGGGAACCACAGAUCCAUCCAUUCCUUUUGAUCUCAGCAACAAAAGGUUCAUAAACUGCUGCAUCAUGGAGCCACAUAGUGGCGACUGCAGGGAUAACCAUGAUACAAGAGCAAUAAUAUGAUUGGCCACAAGAGGUCUAACCUCUCAAUUCCAUUGCCCUACAACAGUUAAACACACACCCGGGAAGCUGAAAACCACUCCCCCUAACAAGCAUAAAAGUGCACAUCACUGAUGAUGCAUUAGAAGUUAUUCUUGAGAAGAAGGUUAUUCUUGACUUUGCGUACAGGUAACUGUUGUACGAGACUUUUUUGAAUACUUCUCUAGUUGUUUUAUUUGCUCGUUGGACCUGUUUGUUUUGGCGUUUUUUUAUUAAACGAAUCAACCAUCUA